AUGUUCUUGUGUUUACACACACAGAAGAAGGAAGAUCCGGAUGAAAUUUUGAAAAAGUUUUGGGAAAUGGAGGAAGCACCACGAAAGAAGAAAAAAUUUACACCAGAAGAAAUGCAAUGUGAAAAUGUGUUUCGUCAAUCAUACCGAAGAUUAAGUGAUGGAAGGCCGCAAGUGAGACUACCAUUCAAAGAAAACCCGAGCGAAUCAUUAGGAGAGUCAAGAAAUCAGGCAGUUGCAAGAUGGUUGGCAAUGGAAAGAAAGUUGAAUAAGGAUGAAAAUUUGAAGAAGGAUUACAUGAAUGCAAUUCAAGAGCAUUUGGACCUGGAACACAUGGGGAGAGUAAGCACAUCGGAAAAGGAACAUGAAAUUAGACAGGCUGACGGAAGUGUGAGAUACAGUUGCUAUUACAUACCUCAUCAUGCAGUGGUUAAAGAAGAAAGCAAAACUACAAAGACAAGAAUAGUGUUCGACGCAUCGGCAAGAACAAGUUCAGGAAAAUCGUUAAACGAAAUCCUAAUGGUUGGAGCAACUAUUCAAGAAAGUUUGGUCAUUCGAUUAAUGAAGUGGCGACUAUACCGAUUCACGUUGAGAGGGGACAUUACAAAAAUGUAUAGACAGGUUAAAGUGUAUGAAGAAGAUGUCGAUUUCCAACGAAUGGUGUUCCGGUUCAAACCGACAGAUCCGAUUGAAGAUUUUGGCUUAAAUACGUUAACGUUUGGAACAGCAAGUGCACCAUACAUGGCAAUGAGAACUCUAGAAGAAAUAGCAGUGGAUGGAGAAAAGAAAUAUCCGAUCGGUUCAGAAGUGGUUAAAAGCGAUUUUCAUGUAGAUGAUUUGUUGACAGGAGCAGACACAGUUCAAAUGGUGAAAACAAUUUGGAAAGAAGUGAGAGAAAUGUUAUUAGCAGCAAAGUUUCCAAUGCGUAAAUGGUCAAGCAACAGCAAUGAGGUAUUACAACAAAUUCCGGUAGAAGAACGAGAAUUUCAAACAACAGAAAUCACAAUCGAUGACUCGUUAAAAACAUUGGGUAUUGGAUGGUCGCCAGUGGAGGAUCAUUUCUUCUUUAAAGCUCCAGAGAUCAACAAAACUGAAGUUUUAACGAAACGAAGAUUUUUAUCACAAGCAGCCAAAGUUAUUCGAUCCAAUGGGAUGGUUAGGUCCAGUUGUGUUGCAGCCGAAGCUAAUGUUCCAGAAGCUGUGGAAGAUGAAAAUUAA